GCCAGGAUUGGCCGCCGGUUGUUAAUUAAAGCCCUAACGCGAAGCGAAGCCAAGUAGUGGUUGGCCUCCCGACUGAGUCCUAUCUGCAUCUGCUAUUCCUCCUCCUCCACGCCGUCCUCUCCGUCGCCGCCGCCGCCGCAGCCACCGCCUAGCCAAGAUGAAUGUGGAUAAGCUCAAGAAGAUGGCGGGCGCUGUGCGCACCGGAGGAAAGGGCAGCAUGCGCAGGAAGAAGAAGGCAGUUCACAAGACCACAACCACCGAUGACAAGAGGCUUCAAAGUACUUUAAAAAGAAUUGGAGUGAACACUAUUCCUGGUAUUGAGGAGGUCAACAUUUUCAAGGAUGAUGUUGUGAUCCAAUUUCAGAACCCUAAAGUGCAAGCAUCCAUUCCUGCAAAUACAUGGGUGGUCAGUGGAGUACCACAGACGAAAAGUCUGCAGGACCUGCUGCCAACUAUUAUCAACCAAUUGGGCCCUGAUAACCUGGACAACCUUCGGAGGCUUGCUGAGCAGUUCCAAAAGCAGGUACCUGGUGCUGAGACUGGUGCCGGUGCAGCUGCACAGGAUGAUGAUGAUGUCCCUGAGCUUGUCCCAGGAGAGACAUUUGAAGAGGCGGCUGAGGAGAAGAAGGAACCGGAGCCUGAAGAGAAGAAAGAAUCAUAAUUUUGUUACACAUCUCAUCCAUUGUUGUGAAGGGUAGUUGGUCCAGUGUUGCCAUCUACCAUCUAUCAUUCGUCUCCAUGUGCUCCAGUUUUCAGUUUUACAAGGAUUUGGUGGAAUCCCAGUCAAAUUGAGAGUUGCAACAAGUGUGUGUUUCACGUUUUCAAUUGAUUUUUUGUUUACGAGAAAUGUGUAGAGCUGUAAUCUAGUGGAGGCUUAAGCUUCUAAUGGUGGGUGGCGAUUAUGGAUGGGAGCUCUUAAGCACUUGAGUUUUUCAAAGUUCUCAAUGGCUGCCUGUUGUAAACAGAGCUCUUAAGCACUGAGUUUUUCAAGGUUCUCAAUGGUGCCUGUUGUAAGCAA